UGACAGCGUUUGGAAACUCCCUUUUAAUUCUCACCUGGAGCCUCUUGAGGAUUGAGCAGAGAGGAGUUUCUCAAGCCAGAUGAGAGAACACUCUGCAAGGACUGUUCAAGACUGGUCGCUCUCCAAGGAACAAGAGUUUCCUAAGAAUACCGGAAUACCGUGGAGAUGCCUCACCUGAACUUUCCAGACCACAUUCACAUGGGCCGUCCGAUGUAACUUUAAAGGAUUUUACAGCGCCAAACAAGGAAACUGAGGGAUCCAGAAGGUACAGGCUGUGCAAUGUCAUCCGGCCGUGAGUCUGUAGGGGAUCUGAUUCCCCCAGAUAUGCUGCAGGUGUUCAGUGAGGACCGGCAAGGCGGCAGGGGCAAAAGAGGCAGGAGAAGGGCAGCAUCCUUCAGGCGUGCUUUCAAGUGGUUGAAGCGCCAGCGCAGGAAAACCCGCCGACAUGCUACAGAGAAACAUGGAGACCUGCUUGCCACUGGUUCACCUGUAGAGCUACCAAAAUCAUCACUUGUCACAGGCCCUAAAGAGGACGUUAUGGGAGCUAUUUCUCUUCAGGAGUUCCAAGAAAAUGUGUUUGUGGAGGGUAAUCGGCCUAAAUAUGUGUUGGAUCUGCACACAGAGGCACAGCAGGGCCUGAAAAUGCAGCAGCAAGAAGAUGAUAGUAAUGGGACGGACUACCCUGAUGACCAAAGUAUGAUUUCAACAGUAACAGCUCAGACUGAAGACAGCAUGGCCUUCAGUGAGCUAAGAGGCUUUGAGUCUGAGAGCACAGCUGCCGAUUCUGUUUCGAUGCGCUCCUCCAUCUCCUCACGAUCAACACGCUCAGGACUCAAACGCCAAGCCUCAACAUUCACCCCUUUGAAGCCGGAUAAGACCGCAGAGAAGACGAAGUCUCGUAGGAAACAUGGGAGACCUGUUGUAGGAAUUCCUCGACAUGUCCAGAAAGAAAUGGGGUUGGACAGGGCAGCAUGGAUCACCACAAAUCCUCUUGAUGGUCAGCUAUUCAAUGGAGACAUGAUCCUACCUGCUAUGAUUUCCCCUGUGGACAGUACGUCUUCCAGCUCUGAACAAGAAAGUGUACACGACCAUUUACAGGGCAUACAGAACUUGUACACAGUUAAAAGAUACAACACCGAGCUCCCCACACUGACAAAACCCAGAGAUGACAUCCUGCAAGGGCUCAUAAACCAUUCUUUAGAUCCAGAAAAGUCUGGAGCAGGCCUUCUAGGUGUUCCUUGGACAGAGAACUCAGCCGGUGCAGUGAUGUCCAUGUCACCUCAGGCCACAUACAUGUCUAAAAUCAUUCCAAAUGCCGUACUUCCACCAUCUGUGGAUGUUGUGGAGCUGAGUCGCAACCGAAGUCGUAGCAGUGUCCGAACCGUCAGCAAAAGCAGCUUGGUGUCAGCCAGUCCAGCAUCCACACGUGCUUCCUCCAGAGUCUCUUCACGUUGUUCCACAAGCCGCUCAAAUUACUCUGGAUGGACCAACUCGGGAUCAUCAGAAACGCUUGUAUCUGAUUCUUCUACCAUCUCCAGCAGUAGCACUCCCCGUGUGGCCAGCAGAGGGAGUCAGGUUGAGAACACGAAUAGACCCGUUAAGCUGAACAAAGACGGUUCCCAUGUUAAAACUACUCAUGUGAAUGGGGGCUCUACUGAGGUGGAGGACAGCAGAAAGACAAGAUCUGCUGUUGCUUUUACACGCAACCUAUCAGUGAUUAAACGCGGCAAGAAACCUCCAGCUCCUCCCAGCAGGUCAUACUCUUUACAUAACAGGAAUCAGAACUGGAAGACAUCUGAGAGUCCUAGCUACUUGGCAGAUGACAGUACUCCAGAUGGAUCACCAUACCCUGCUGUCAUGAGCCCUAAGAUAAGCAUGCCUCCCUCCGAUGGACCCACAACUGCCCCAUCAGAUGUGAGCCAGCCAGUCAGCACAGACAAGAAAAUGAAAAAGAUGUCUUCCAUUGCUGAACUGAAGAUCAGCCUUCUAUCUGCAAAAAGUUUAAUCAAUGGUAACAAUUCCUCACCAGUUGUAGUGGCUCUGUUGUCUCUGUUGGAGAUUCCCAAUCAUCCCAAAGUAUUGGCUCCACCAGCUCCUCCUCCUGAAACCUGGGCUCACAACCAACGGACUUUUGAACUGCUGUGUGGGCCCGGACCUGUUAACUAUACACGCUGGGCCAAAAAGAGAGGUCUUAAAAUUGCAGAUGAACCAGUUGUGGCUUCGGCAAAUGCUGACAGAGUAGCACCUCUGUUGCAGUCUGUAGAGAUAAAAGGCAAAGUUGAAACCGCAGCACCACUUGCCUCUGUCGCCCCAUCUCCAUCACCUCCCCCAGAUCAUUGCCCACCAACACCAAACAACGGCCUAGCCAAACCUCCUGACUUUGUUCCCCCAACUCCUACACUGGCUGCUAAAGCAAUAAAAGACUUGACUUCUUGGAUCCCUCCACCUCCUCUGUUUCCUCCUCCAGCACCUCCAGCAGGUAUGACUACAGCAACUCCUGUUGCUUUGCAAAAUGAUACUGACCUUCCUCCACCGCCGCCACCAUUUUCGCCACAGUCAUUACUGACAAUGACUCAAUUACCUCCAGAUAUUCCACCACCACCACUGCUGGAAGUUCCACCUCCACCAAGACCACCUUCUGAAGCACAGAAAAUUUCAUCCCCUCCGCAAGAAUCCCAACCUUCGACACACAAUGUGUUAGUAACAUCAUCUGAAACUUCUGAACAAAUUACCUUUGCUCCACCUCCCCCACUUCCCACCGAUGUAAGAUCUCAAGUCACUGUUCCUCCACCUCCUCCACUACCUACUGAUGUAAGAUCUCAACAAGUCAUUGUUCCUCCUCCUCCACCCACUGUUGUAAGAUCUCAAGUCACUGUACCUCCUCCUCCUCCGCUACCUACUGAUGUAAGAUCUCAACAAAUCAGUGUUCCUCCUCCUCCACCCACUGAUGUAAGAUCUCAACAAGUCAGUGUUCCUCCUCCUCCACCCACUGAUGUAAGAUCUCAACAAGUCAGUGUUCCUCCUCUGCCGCCUCCUUCCACAGAUGUAAGAUCUCAAGUCACUGUUCCUCCACCUCCUCCACUACCUACAGAUCUAAGAUCUCAACAAGUCAGUGUUCCUCCUCCUGCUCCAUUACCUAGUAAUGUGAAAAUGGAGGGCAGACGAGAGAUGACAGAAAUGGAGAAACGGACAAGCAGUCCCUCUCCGGCUAAAGAGGAGACCUCCAGUCCUGUGGUCACCCAGUCUCUCCUACAGAUGGUUCGUCUUAGGUCAGUUAAGUCCAGUCAGAGCCCUGCUGUAGGUCCUGAUAAAUCAUCACAACCCAAACCAAAAUCAGGUGUCAAUCAAGAGGCACCUCCAAAGCCAAUGAGACGAUCUUUGAUUUUGACAUCACUUCCCCCUGAUGUAGAAGCUCUAUCCUCAGAGCCAAAAACUGAAACUCAGUCCCUCAACACAAACACAACCACUGUUUCAAAUACUCAGCAAAGAUCAUCUGAACCAGAAACUCAGUCAAAUAACAUUGCUCAAAAAACAGAAAACACAAUACUUGAGCCAAAAUACUCAUCGGCUACAUGUCCUCCUACAGAACCAAAUAACAAUUCAGUUCCUGCUGAACCAGCAACUAAACAACCCUGUGCUAAAACAGAACCCAAACCCCAAACCCUCAAGGAACAAAUUCAACCUACUGUGCCUGACCCAGAAACCCUGCCAAGUUCAACAGAACCAAAAGACCAAUCAAUCAGUGAGCCAAAGACUCAACAUCAGGAACAAGAACCCAACAAGAUCCUGGAGAAUUCAGAGAAGCAAUUAAGCACUAUUGAAAUACACUCAAAGCCAGAUGGUGAGCAGCCCAAAACCCAAACACCAAUACCCAUUGUCUCUUCCACACCUCCCAUAGUCUCCACAGCAGUGAACCCUUCCAUGCGUCUCCAGGAGGCCAUUCGUCUUAAGGCUGCUGCUAUGUCUUCAAAAGACAACCAAGCCAAGCGGUUUGGUCUGCGCUCCCCUCCUCCAGCCACGGCUAAUGGCACCACUGUACCAAACUCUUCUGCUUCUAUGGCCAGCUUCAUCUUCUCCAAAAGCCCAAAGAAGGUUGUAAUAGAGACACCGUCAUCCUUAGAGGUUCAGACUGACCUGAAGAAAACUCUGGUGGCAGAGUUAGCAUCUGUCUCUGAUUCAGCCAAGUCUAAUGACUUGCACAAGAUGGCUAACAAAGUUCCUCCACCAAUUGCUAAGAAACCCAACGCUAAGGCUGAGAGCGUUGCUCAGAACUCUGCAGAGGCUGUACCUGUAGCAAAGAUUGAUCAUGUGCAAACAGAGACUGUACAAACUGCCGGACAGGACGUACAGACAGAGAACUCUGAGAAAACAAAUGAAUGAAUAUGUGCACAAAUGAUUUAAUAACCCUUGAGUUUUUUUGCUUUAUUUUGCAGUUAUUUGCAGUUAUAUAUUGCUUAAGCAAUUUUGAAAUAUAAAAUCUAAUCAAAAAAAAAAGUCUUUAUGUACAGAUAGGCAUAUUGCACUUUUUGUACAUUGGUUUAGUGUAACUGAUUCUCAUUCAUCAUGGGAAUGCAUGUCACUGGUAUUUGGAAAUGUAUAAAUAUUCUUAUUUUAUUUAUGUGUCCUCUUUCUCAGACAGAAGCCAUGCUACCUUCAAGUUUGUAGAACUUCUCCCUGCUGGUAGCCCUGUAAAAACUAUGGUAAUAUAGCAGGACCAAUUAAUCUCUAUGGUGGAUUUUACAGGCAUUAAUGUAUGCCUGAAUACGAGAGCAUUGUGAAAGGAAAUUAAGGUAAAGAACGUAAGUGAAAAGAAAAGAAGCCAAACAAAAAGGAGGAGAACAGUUAGGAGAAUGGAACACUGCUUUGGGGUGGGGUUUGUGAAUAAUCUGUUACUAAACCUAUUUUUUUACUUUAAAACUCCAAAUCAAUAAAGCUGAUCAUACACAUUCCCCACCCCAAGUAUAUAGGAAUGUGGAGAAGGAAUCUGAGCAAGUAUAAAUGAAACAGAAGGAUGGAGCUGAUGAAUGAAGCAAAAGCUGUUUCUCACUAUUGUAAGUGCAAGUAGGGUCAAGAAGGUGGUGAGAAGUCCUAAAACCGCAUAAACAAAAGGUCCAAGGUGUUAAUCUCUGUGUAAUCCUUACUUUGGGUUUAUUUUUUGUAUUUUCACAGAGAAGUUCAUUAGUUUACAUAGUUGAUGUACAUUACAGUCUGCUACAAUCUACAAAUAAAAGAAAAAGAAUGUUUUUAAUAUAUGACAUUUUCUCAUGCACUAUGCUGACAUUUUUAUUAUUGUUUCUCUUUUUAAGAAGAAUCUCUUUUUAAGAAGAAAUAUCUUAUUAACAUAUUGUCAACUUUUUCUCUACAAAUAUAAAAAAUGAUUGUGUUUCAUCAUGUGAUGAAAGUAUAAAGUGUAAAAUGGUUACUAAAGUAGCUUCAUGGUGA